AUGUCUGACUCUUUGUUGCCCACGUGCGUCCUCUGUCUGCUCGCGCUCUCAUCUGCCUGCUACAUCCAAAACUGUCCGCGUGGAGGGAAGAGAUCUCAGCCAGACACCAGCAGACAGUGUGUGUCUUGUGGUCCUGGGAAUGCAGGGCGUUGUUACGGUCCUAGCAUCUGCUGUGGAGCGGCUCUGGGUUGUCUCGUGGGUUCUUCAGAGACGAUGAGCUGCAUGGAGGAGAAUCACCUGCCGAGCCCCUGUGAGACCGGAGGGAGACCGUGUGGAGCUGAGGGACGCUGCGCUGCUCCAGGAGUCUGUUGUGAUUCAGUGAGUUGUGUUAUGGACUCGGAAUGUUUGGAAGACGCCAGAUACGAUCAGUCUGAAGAUCCCAGUAGACUCAAGACUGUUUCAGGAGAAAUCCUUCUGCGUCUGUUGAAUUUGGCCUCUAGAGGUCAAAGAGAGUUCUGA